UGACGAGAAACUUUAUGGGAGUGAAAUGGCCAACUUCACUUCGCAUGCCAGAAGUCAACAAAGAACUUACUGUAUAGUAAUUCAAUGGAGUUUUCAGAGAGUUUGUUUUUUUGCUGAUGGGGCGUCUGUAAGCGCAAGCUAUAGGCUGCCUGGCCAUGCGCAUCUUAACUGGUGUUCAAUAAAAGCCACCGUGUGCCAUUCUAAAGUGUUUUGUAAUCUUUGAAUUUUUCAUUAACACGCCCACAUACCACACUCAUCCUUUGUGCGGCAUGCAGUAGCCCGAAGCAAGUGGUGUUGCGCAGGAGUGCAAAAUGGAUCAGCUGAGAUUCGAAUGAAGGACAGUUGUUGACUCACACAACUGUACUGACUCAGUGAUUGGCACUUCAUUUUUUACCAACCCGUUGGCUGGUACAACAUUAUAUUUACCGAAUGUGAUUCUCUUGUUACCCAAGACAUUGUUGCAGGAAGGAUGUAUUUAUAGGCAUAACAUUCCGGUAUUAUGGGGAGUUUUAAUCCCACAGAGGUCGCGAUAUUAUUCGACAGCACUGCAGACGCCGUAUCCCCUGCGUGCACUCUUCGCCGGCACACUGUGUCAAUAACAAUGUUGACUGGAAACUGAAAGUGCCCUCGGAAAUCUCGGGGUUACAGUAGAUUUUGACUAGUGAUGUGGUGUGACCCGAGCUUCAACUGCCGGAGUUAUAUUACCAGGAGUGAGGAACAAUAAACCUAACGUCAUGCUGAGAUGUAAGGAACAUUCAAUAUCGGUGCCUUGACUACCAGCACGUAUACUUUACCUUCUGCUGGGUUGGAGCUGACUCAUCGUCGGUAAGUCAUCGCUCUCGCUGUGUUUCUCACGCUAGUUUGACAGCAUCGGUCUUCAGUUCCGGACUGGUAUUUUUUUUCUGCGUCGUGUGAGAGAAGAAGUGAUUGCCAAUAUGUUGAAGUUACUUUUGACUGUCGUGGUCACUGUCGUUGUCAUCACCGGUGUGUCGUGUGAAGCUGUCGUGGUGCUGGAACACGAGGAAAUGACACUGACAUGCGACAUCAGUCCCACAGCGCCUAAAACAUCGCCCGUGUUUUGGUAUUCCAACUCCUUACUGGAAUACCUAACAACUGACGAUGACUUGAUCGCGGAAUUGCGCGAUGCUGCCCCGUCCCUCUACUAUCGACUGUCGGUGGAAGGGUCGGUCAGAAGGGGCAGGUACAAUCUCCGCAUCGUCGAUGUGAGAGCAGAGGAUGCAGGGGAUUACGUCUGCGGUUACUACCGAAACGGGGACGAGUGGAUCACGGUCAAGACUGUGAGUGUCGAGGUGCUGAUUCCCCCGGGGCGAGAGUUCCCUGCCUGUUCGGCGCUGUCGCCCGCUGACACGCUCCUCCUGCCGGGGAUGCUGGUCAACCUGAGCUGCAUCUCCUACGGUGGGAGUCCCCGUGCUGAUUUGGCUUGGUACCGCGACGGUGUGCCACUCGAGAGCGCAGUUGCUCAUGAUGGGCUCUGGGUGUACCAUCAGCGUCUCAUACAGGAAGACGACAGCGGUGUGCAGUUCACAUGCCAGGCAACCAGCCGAGCACUGCAAGAGCCGAAGAGCUGUAGCAUCGUGCCCUAUCGCAGAGCCCCGCUGUUGUACAUCGAGCACGAGCACGGUGGUGUGAUAAACUCAGGGGAUUCGGCAACAUUCACAUGCACCAAUCAGGAACUUCUCACUCCCGCCAGCGGUGGUGAGGCGCAGUAUCGGUGGUACUUCAAUGGAGAACCGGCUGAGGAGAGAAGAUCGGGGGUGGUGACGGAAAGUGGGAGGUCACUCGUGCUCGACAACUUAACUUCCAUGGACGACAAAGCCGUCGUGUCAUGCGAGAAAGUUGACGAGUUUACAGCCAGGAGUUCGGCAUCGAUGACAAUCUUAGUCGUCUCUUCGGCGAACCCGAUGCUCUUUUACGACGAGAGAGACUCGACUCCAUCCGAGAAACCUGCCUCCACGCCUUCGCCUUUCGUAAAUGUCAGUCAAGCGGGGUUUGUCAUGUGCAUUUUUGGUGCAAUCUGUUUCGGGAUGUUUUUCAUGCUUUUUCUGAUCUUAGUCACACGCCUGUUCUGUAACUACGCUCGGAAGCGCGGCCGACUGGAUUUUAAUACAGAACGUGAAAUUGCCGUCGGAUGGCAAAAAGCUCUCAAUAACUCACGUUGUCAUGAAGCAAGACAGGACAGCAUCACCAUCAUCGAUAAACCGACUCGAAACACGCAGGUGCUUACUUUUAAGAAACCCAACGGUGUGGUUGCAAAUGGUAACCUCCAGAGGAAUGAUUGUGCGGAGUGUUUGAGAUGUAGCAACACGGAGAGCAAUCUUGCCACCGAUGUAGACACACCUUGCCCGGUGGCUUCUUCUGACAUAUCCGCUGCUCGUCUCAGUCGACAAUCGAGGAACGCCGUCUCACAGGACCUCCUUCCGGGUACAUCCUCCCGGAAGAAACCUCCACCGCUCAGUCUGUUUAAUGAGACCAGGACACCCUUGCUGUCCCCUUCCUCCAUCCCCAGAGCCGGCGGUAUGAGGCUGCCUUCCGUUGACCGGGACUACACUGCCUCCAUGCCCGAUCUGGCCUCUCGCUACUACGGGGAGCGCGGUCUGCCGGCGACCUGCCCAGCAGACCACGAUUACGUCAACUUACCCGCCCCGUCCUCCUCCAGAGAAGGAUCCGGCAACACCACCCCCUCCUCCUACGUCAACUGUGAAUUCGUGAGCCCUUUUCCGCCAACAACUCCAGUGAAGCAAGUUCGUAAACCUUCUUUUGGUACCAACCAGAAGUCGCUGUCGUACGCAGAGCUUGAUCUACCGAGAACUAGGGAGAGACCGUCCACUCCCGCCACACCAGUGAGCCCGGGCGGCAGCAAAGUACGCGCCGGUAGCGUUUCCGUAGAACGCACCAAAUAUGCACAAAUCGCUUACGUGUUCAAAGACAGAAGACAGCAGAGCCUUCCGUCUGUCAAACUCGUCGGACUUAGCGAGGGGUUUGGGGAGAGAGUCUGAACUGUUUGGGUAUUUAAGGAGGCAGCGCGGACCAAUAUUAAACUUUUGUUUCACAUUAAAUGCGAAACAUACAUUUGCUGGAAUAUGAGCUAAUUAUCGAAUGUAAACUACCGAAUGUAAAAAUUAAAAAUACCACCCCCAAUGCAGCAGGAAUGAAUAAAUAUCCACGAAUGAAAAGCACGCGCUCGCAAAUAGGAUAUAUGCGUUAAGGCAGCGUUAAGGCAGCGUUAGAGGGCAAUGGUUUUUGUAUUGCGUAGAUAUAAGGUACUAGUAAACAUUUUGUGUAUUCAUUAUUGCUAGAUUAAAAUAACAAGGAUAUCAUCUGAGAGCCCGGAACGCAAAAGGUCUUUUAAAACUGUUGGUCGUCUUUUACACCUUUUUUUCACAGCGUACAUUUGUAUUUUCCUUUAUAUUGAGCAUCACCAUAAAUUUCAAAAUGAUUACAAUGUAUUUUCUUAAGGACAUGCUGCGUGUCAAAGCCCUCGUCCAAGGUGGUCAUGACGUCAUACCAUGACGCUAUAAACUCCAAGAAACCAAUGAUUUAGUCAGUGCAUUUGUUGCCCUACUAGUCAAGAAAUAAGGCCAUGGGAUGUACAUAGUGUAAAAUGUCUUUCUCUUUUCGAGGAGGGGGUGUACCCAUGAACCUGUUGCCGUUGUUAAUGUCUAAAGAUUUAAAACUAACAUUAAUAAUUUGGUAUAUACUGUGUAAAUUUUGUUUCCUUAAACAUUGUACAGAAGGGUAUAUAUAAUUUACAUUUUUAUAUUUUAAUUUGAAAUGACAAAUAUCACCACUCAAAGUCGGCGUUAACAUGAAACAGUUUUCACUAUUGUGUGAAAUACUGCAAUGUACAUGUACGAGGUUUAAAGAAGUUUAAAACCCAAGCCAAGAAGAAAGAUUUUAAAAGACAAAGGCUGUACAACAUGCAAAGGUUUGUUAAUGAAAUAGUCAAAAUGUUUCCCAACAAUUUCUCUGGACACCUAGGCCGAGUUAGGGCGGUCUGUUCUUGACGUGAGUAGGCAUAUAUAUUGGUCGUGCAAAACCCUGACGGACGGCUGAUCGUGUUCCGAGUAUAGUGUUCUGUUCGUGGGCUGUGUUCCCGCCGUUCGAGCGCGAGAACAUUGCAUAACCGUGUCAAGAACAGACCGCCCGAACUCGGCCCAAGUCACACCCUUCCGAUCGUGUUGCGGGGUGCUCUUUAAACAGAAACCGUGUUAGGGGCAAAAUUGAAUAAGCCUUCAAAUCAAUAUUUUAUAUUUAAAAAACGGAUUGAUUAGUAAAAUGCAUUUCUUUUUAACGAUUGUAUGUUUAUUCAAAUCUCGAAAGAGAAAUAAAUGAUGUAGGCAGAAUUUGACAUUUUUAAAAA